UGCAGAAAACCACCCCAUCCAAACCAAAGGCGGCUCUCACUCACAGCUUCUGCGCAGACUGGAGGAUCCUGGGCAGUUCAGCACAAGCUGGUUACAAAAUGGAGAAUAUCCUAAGCAAGAUCGAGGAUGGGGCAACGGUCCUUCAGAGCUAUGUUUCCUCGCUACAAGUCCGCACAGACACCAAGUUCUCCCUUCUUCUUGGCAUACUGCUGGGUUUAUCCGUGGUAGUCGCCAUAGCUUCUUAUCCUGGCAAGCCUAUCGAUUACACCGGAGUUGGCAUCGAUUUGCCACCGGAGAUGAGAGGGGAGGAGACAGUUGGGGUUGCAAAGAAACUCGACCAAGCAGGGUCGGUUGGGGCGGUAGACGAGCAGAAGCCGGCCGGCUUGCAACAGAUCCAGGGAGUGGUAGAUAACCUGUCGCAGCUGCGGAGACGAAAAAGAGCAAAGAAUACGCCGUCGUCAGCAGCGGCAGGCGAGGAGUCCCUCGUCAACACCACCACAGAGAGCCAAAUCAAAGAGACUGGAAACGCCGAGGAUGAGGCUGGAAGAGCGGAGUGGGACGCCAGGCGAUUGGACGAAGACAAACUAGCUCGAAAGAUUGGUUCCAGCAAGGCGGCCAGGAUGUUGGGUUUGACAGAGGACCAGGUUCGCCAAGCUGUUGCGGACGCGAAACAGGAGCUUGAGCAGUCAAGCUCGGGGCCGGCCGGUGGGUCCCCUGCGCGAGACAGCAACGAUGACGGCGUGGGAUUUUCCGGAUUCCUAUCCUUGGCUAUGCUGCUGGUGGGAAUGUGGGCACUGUGGGCGCACCUCUCGGCAUACCCCCACGGAACACUUUGCCGGUUUCUCGUUGGAGUCUUCCCCCGCGAGAUGGAGACCUUGGGGCUUGCGUAGAACCAGCAAGCAGACAGGAGAAAGAGUUAGCUGUUGCACCCCUCCGGGCGGGUUCUAUUGUAAGUGUAAGCUCGCGGGAGAAAAGGGGCUUCAAAAAUGAGUGUGCACAACCUCUGUGUGCCGGUUCUACGAAAAAGCAGGGUCUGGUUGUCCAAGGAGGUCGAGUCUGCGAUGACCUAGCCGGGAGUAGAGCAACUCCAAAAACAUCGCAAGUAGCGAGCUAAAGACCGUAGUGUCCUGUUGCUGUUGUGGGGGUCCAAUGUGGCUCAUGUAAAUUGCGUCGUGUCAAUCAUUUCUUUUACAGGUUGGGUGCAGUUGUUUCAAAAGCCCAGGAUGCGUUUCUGUACACCCUGAGGCAUGCACACCCUAU